UGUUUUCAAUGGGCAAAGACAUCGAAGGACAAACGUGAUAUAUUCUACCGCCUGGCCAAGGAGCAGGGAUGGCGGGCGAGAAGCGCUUUCAAGCUGCUGCAGGCCGAGGAAACCUUUCACCUGCUGGACGGAGUCACACGUGCCGUGGACCUGUGCGCCGCUCCCGGCAGCUGGUCCCAGGUCCUCUCCAAGCACUUGUACGAGCCACGUUCGCCCGAAGAGCGGGAGAAGGUGAAAAUCAUUGCCGUCGAUCUGCAGGGAAUGGCGCCCAUUGACGGCGUGCAUCAGCUGCGGGCAGACAUCACAAAAGAGUCCACUGCCGAGGCCAUCAUAGAGUACUUUGAGGGAAAGAAAGCCCAACUGGUGGUCUCUGACGGCGCCCCCGACUCCACGGGAAUGCACGAUUUCGAUGUGUACAUGCAGGGAGAGCUCGUCCUCUGCGCCUUGAGCAUCUCCACAUUCAUUCUGGAAACGGGCGGCACUCUGGUGGCGAAAAUCUAUAGAGCAGACAACAUCAGCCGCCUGUAUGUGCAGCUGCAGCGCUUCUUCAAGGAUGUGUGCGUGUUCAAGCCCUCGGCAUCGCGCAACUCCAGCAUCGAAGCCUUUGUGGUGGCGCGCCAGUUCUGCCUGCCAGAGGGCCACAAGCCCUGUAAUCUGACCACAGAAUGGCACCAACAUCCCGAAACGUGGCUAGUACAGAGAACGGGGAACGAGCCAAAGCCCAUUGUCCACGUACCCUUUGUGGCCUACAAGGGUGAUAUGGAUCUGGAUGCGGAUCGCAGCUAUGCAUUGGAUGAGGACUAUGUCUAUCAGGAACCUGUUCAACAGCCCCUGACUGCCGCGUAUCAGGAUGUGCGUAGGAAAUUGGGCACCACAUCCGUUAAAUAUAAACCCAUCAUUGUCAUACACGAUGAGCAACUGACAAAGGAAUGGAGGGAGGAGCACAAGGAGCCUGCUGAGGAGCCUGCUAAGGAGCCUGCUGAGGAGCCUGCUGAGGAGUGACCCAUGCUCUCAAUA